AAGGAAUCUGACCAGUUCCCUUCUGCCUGAUGGUAUUGUUGCCCUGGGCGGGGCCGCUAGGUUUAAAGAACCAGAACCCACCUGGGCUGGACGCAGUCCCAGCAGCCUCCACAGACCUGCUCUCUGCACUGGACUCUCAGCCCCCUUCCCCUGCAGCCCUGUCCUGCAGCUGUGCCAUGGAGGGACUGACCCAGGGCCUUCUCCUCCUGCUGGCCGGCCUGCCUGUCUUGGAAGCCAACGAUGUGGUUGAUAAAGACAGUCCCUUCUACUAUGACUGGGAAGGCCUGCAGGUGGGCGGGACGAUCUGUGCAGUGCUCCUGUGCAUCGCUGGAAUCUUGUUCGCCCUGAGUGGCAAAUGCAAAUGCAAGUCAAAUCAGAAGCGCAGCCCUUUACCUGAGAAAGCCGUUCCACUCAUCACUCCAGGCUCUGUCAGCACCUGCUGAGCCCAGGACCAGCUUCAUGGCAGUCUUUUGCACCAGCUCCCAUGCUGUUCCUGCCCCUUGGGGGCCCCACCCUUCAUCAUGGCCUUUCUCUCCAAGGGUGGGCCCUUAGGCUCCCUUCUGAUAGGGAGGCUGUCCAAAGCUUAUUAUUAAACUUCUCUCCCCCUA